GUUACAAUUACCAAAGUACCACAUCACCAUGCUUUCAACAGUCCUUACUCCUCAACCAAAUGAUACCCGUGCCCCUCAUUAUCAGGAAAAUAUAUUCUGCCAAGCAUGGCAUUCAUUCGAAGAAGCCAUUCAUUUACGUGGGACAACUCCACCACCAGUUCCUCCGAAAGACGAAAGAUGGGUUGUCAAAACCGCCAAUUUGGCGAUUUUACAAGCAGAAAUAGAAACAGAGACAGACGUGGACCAUUCCAUAUGGGACAAGAUUAUUCAGCGUAUUACAGCGACCCAUAAUCAUACCACCAAUGAAGAGGCUAACCAAAACAUUGUCUCGAUCGACGUCCCUGCAGAAGCUGCUUUAAGGCGGUUGGGCGUCCAGGAAGAAGAUAGUGAACUGCAAAACAAAAAAAACUAUUUUAAGAGAAUGGCUGUCAGAUGUAAAGAAAAGUUUGAGGAGGAUGGCAGCAACAUUAGCAAACAUGCUCAGCUCAAAGGUGGAAUCAUGGAUUUUACUGCAUCCACCAUCUCUGUAGCCCAAAGCGACAAUGAAAAUGAGGACGAAGACAGCAAUGGAUCACAGCCCUCCCAUGACCCAAACCACAGUGAGCAUCACCAUCGCCAUCAACUAAGGCAGUAUCUUCAUGCUCUUCAUCUUCACUUCCUCCCAUACCAUGUAGGGCAACGGCAAGAGCAAGAAAGAGAACAAAAUCAAACACAAUUUGUACCAAAGGUAGAUCUAAAGGGGAUGAAGGCAGCCCAUCAGAUUAUCUAUAACACUAAGGAAGACCACCGUGAAAUUAGCAGUGAUUCAGAGGGUCGAACACUUUUCGGUUUAUGGUGGGAUUGGUGCCCAAAGCGGUCCAAAGCAGAGAAGCAAAUUGAGGAGGACCUGGAUAGUGAAUGGGAAAUUAUUGAUGUACCCAAGAACAAGAAGGAAAAGAUACAAAGCCUAUGUAAGCAGGACGGUGUAGUUUCGGCUCAUGUAAAUGACCAGAAAACAUGGUGGAAACAUAAGUCGCUAGACACUGAUGCUCUGAUAAUGCACAGCAAAAGUGGAUACCCAAAUGAUCGCAAGGCAGCAGCCAAGAGGCGGCAGGCUAUUGCAGCUGCUGCCGCAUAUGAGGCAGUUAAAGAGUACCAUGCGCACAAGUCCCGUAAAGGCAAAAAAGUAUCGCAUGGAGAGAUGAAGGCUGUUCUUGCAGGGAUGGCUAUGGCUGAGGCUGUUAAGUUGCUGGAAUCACGGCACAGCGAGGACGGGAACGAAAGGGAUGAAACAGUAGCGGAAGCCGGCUCUUGUGCGCUUAAGCUUUUUGAGCUCCUACGUUAAUACCCAUAUUUAAUAAUAAUAAUAGUAAUAAUAAUAAUAUAUCACACAGUACAUUUUUG